AUGCAGUCUUCUUUCAGCUAUACAGAUUCCUACUCCUCCUCACCGGGAGACAUGGACUUCUUCUUCCAUGGUCCUCAACCGCCCGUCUAUGACAACCUGCGCGACCUCGACUCGGCCAGUCCUUUCACCGUGUCCGAGGUCGUGCCCGAUGUCUCGUCCUUCCCCAACUCCUUCACUAGCUCCCCGUACAUGGUGCCCACCAUGAAUGAUUACGGACAUGUCUAUGAAGCCGCCGUCAUGGCCACCAGCCUGCCCAGCUCAGCGAGCAGCUGCUGUGAAAGUAGCUAUGGAGGAAGCCGGAACCAAGCCGAAGAGGUUCCCAUGCCCAAUAUGCAAAUGGGAUCCUUUGAUGAUUCUUGUCCCGACUCCUCUCAAUCCAAACCAGCGAAGCCCUUUGGUUGCGAUAACUGCGGCAAGUCCUUCACCCGCUUCGCAGACUUGAAGCGCCAUCAGUCCAGCGUGCACUUCCCCGUCUUCCGCAAUUGCCCCAUCGAGCACUGCUCGCGCAAAGGCAGCAAUGGUUUCCCUCGUCAAGACCACCUGGUCGAGCACCUGCGUUCCUACCACCACAUGGACCUGCCAAAGCGCCGAGCCUUGAAGCGGUCCUCCAAGGACGCAUGA